AUAACAAACUCACCAGCAAGAGUGCCUUUUUUCAACACAGACAUUCGGUACCCUGAAGAGAAAUACAUUCAGGCGGGGAAGAUUAUCAUCCUUGAAAGCCUUUGUGUUGGUCCGCAGUGGUUGUAGUCAUGUCUGUGGAAGAAAGCUCGGCGGCGCCGGCCAAGAAGGGCCCCUCCGCAAUCAAGGACUUCAUGGCAGGAGGAUUUGGAGGUGUGUGUCUCGUUGCUGUAGGUCAUCCACUGGACACGAUCAAGGUGCGGAUACAGACAAUGCCUCUGCCAGCCGCUGGCGAAAAGCCCAUGUAUGCUGGCAGUAUGGACUGUCUUAAUCAAACGGUGAAAAAGGAGGGUGUGCGAGGCUUGUAUAAGGGAAUGCUGGCGCCCAUAAUAGGCGUGACGCCCAUGUUCGCUGUAUGCUUCCUGGGAUUCGGUGUGGGCAAGCGCAUGCAGCAGAAAAAUCCUGGCGAUGAGCUGUCCACGCUUCAGCUGUUCAACGCUGGUAUGUUAGCUGGCGUGUAUACCACCGCCGUAAUGGUGCCUGGCGAACGUAUCAAGUGCUUGCUGCAGAUCCAGAGUGCAUCCAGCGGUGCGCCGAAGUAUGCUGGACCUCUGGACUGUGCAAAGCAGCUGUACCGCGAGUCUGGUCUUUUCCGUGGACUGUACAAGGGAACAGGAGCCACACUGCUGCGCGAUGUGCCGGCGUCGGGCGUGUAUUUCUCCCUGUACGAGAAUCUGAAGAAGGCUCUGUCAGCGGAUGGCAAAGGUUCCAACCUGUCCACGGCCAGCAUUUUACUGGCGGGAGGCCUGGCAGGCAUGGCCAACUGGGCCGUUGCCAUAGCACCCGACACGCUCAAGUCACGCCUGCAGACGUCGCCGGAGGGGGCUUUCCCGCGGGGCGUUCGUGAUGUCUUCAUGACCAUUAUGCGCACGGAGGGCCCGCUGGCGUUGUUCAAGGGUCUUGGACCGAUUAUGCUGCGUGCUUUCCCGGCUAAUGCCGCGUGCUUCGCCGGCUAUGAAGUUGCUAUCCGCUUCCUGGACUACGUGGCACCCAACUUAUAAGCGGUGUCUCUGAAUUCACUUGGCAGCCACAUCUGGUCCCAAGUGCCACCGCCGAUCCGACAUCAUCUGUCCUUAGGUAGCUAUUCUCCAAGGUGUCACUGUACACCUUACCCCAGUUUAUUUAUAGUUAUAUUCUAAUACCGUUUUUUUUUUACGAACUCGAGAUUUGUGAUCUGGCCUUGAACAAUGCCCUCAACCAUGCCAGAUUGAUUUUUUUAGGCCUGAAACAGAUUUGCCACUUAUCUGAGGUCUACUGUCCGUACAUGACUUGCACACGAUACUGUCAGCGGAUUGACUGCAUGCAGUAUGUGUGUGGCUACAGGCAGUCUUAUUUUUCGUUUCGGGUUUUGCAGCGACUAUAGACUAUAGGCUCGAGUGGGUCCCCUGUAGUCCUCGCUCAAUAUCUGUCUCUAUCUCUAGGUCUCAGUACAGUACAACACAGCUCCUCCUCGCUGUCAUGCAGCGUGGAGAUUACUUAGGCAGUCAAGUGCACUUCCAAGUAAACUUGCAUUCAUGUGCAUGUUGAAAAGUGCAAAGAACUAAUGUCGCGCAUGAUCGUAUUUUUCUGAUUAUUUCAGAUCAUUUUCUUUAUCCCUUGUCUGUCUUAUUAUGGGUUUUUGGAAAAUGCAACGUUUGAUCCAGUA